AACUUGAAAAUGAAGUUAAAAAUUAAGCGGCAAAACCAAACCUAGGCUUUCUGAGAAAGUGGGGCCAUAGCUGGUGCUGUCUGACUGCCACGUGGCUUAUUAUUUAUCCCUGUGAAACUCUGCAAAAGUAUUUGAAAGGGAAGAAGGAACAGAAAGCUCCCUCCUUUUUCAAGUUAGCCUUAUAGUCUAGGGCUUAAAAUACUGGUUUAAUGCUGAAGAUAAAAGACCGUUGUGGUGAAAGAGAUUCAGGGCACAGGGAAACUCCACCACAAAGUGUAGUAUCAUUUCCCAGAGAAGCUAAAUGGACGGGAAGCCUGCCACCAGGAGAGGUCCAGAUUUCUGUUCAUUACGCUAUGGGCUGGCUCUUAUCAUGCACUUCUCAAACUUCACCAUGAUAACCCAGCGUGUGAGUCUGAGCAUUGCAAUCAUUGCCAUGGUGAACUCCACUCAGCAGCAUAGUCUAUCUAAUGCCUCCACUGAGGGGCCUUUUGCAGACGCCUUCAAUAACUCCAGCAUAUCCAUCAAGGAAUUUGAUACAAAGGCCACUGUGUAUCAAUGGAGCCCAGAAACUCAGGGUAUCAUCUUUAGCUCCAUCAACUAUGGGAUAAUACUGACUCUGAUCCCAAGUGGAUAUUUAGCAGGGAUAUUUGGAGCAAAACAAAUGCUUGGUGCUGGUUUGCUGAUCUCUUCCCUUCUCACCCUCUUCACACCACUGGCUGCUGACUUUGGAGUGAUUUUGGUCAUUGUGGUUCGGACAGUCCAGGGCAUGGCCCAGGGAAUGGCAUGGACAGGUCAGUUUACAAUUUGGGCAAAGUGGGCUCCUCCACUUGAACGAAGCAAACUCACUACCAUUGCGGGAUCAGGGUCAGCAUUUGGAUCCUUCAUCAUCCUCUGUGUGGGGGGACUAAUCUCACAGGUCUUGGGCUGGCCUUUUAUCUUCUACAUCUUUGGUAGCACUGGCUGUAUAUGCUGUCUCCUAUGGUUCACAGUGAUUUAUGAUGACCCCAUGCAGCACCCGUGCAUAAGUGUUAGGGAAAAGGAGCACAUCAUGUCCUCACUGCCUCAGCAGCCCAGUUCUCCUAGACGAGCUGUCCCCAUAAAGGCAAUGGUCACAUGCCUACCACUUUGGGCCAUUUUCAUGGGUUUUUUCAGCCAUUUCUGGUUAUGCACCAUCAUCCUAACAUACCUACCAACGUACAUCAGUACUCUGCUCCACGUUAACAUCAGAGAUAGUGGAGUUCUGUCCUCCCUGCCUUUUAUUGCUGCUGCAAGCUGUACAAUUCUAGGAGGUCAGUUGGCAGAUUUCCUUUUGUCCAGGAAUCUUCUCAGGUUGAUCACCGUGCGAAAGCUCUUUUCAUCUCUAGAUAUGCAAGUUUCCUCAUGGGAAUCUCAAGGGGAUUUGGGCUCAUUGCAGGAAUUGUCUCUUCCACUGCCACUGGAUUCCUCAUCAGUCAGGUUUGGACCAGUUUAUUGAGCAUCUUCAAGUGGCAUGUAUUGUUCUAGGUAUUGGAGAUACGCACUGUGCUCUCAAGGUCUGGAUGGCAACACAAUUAUUCCAUUUACAUGAGCCUCUAAAUUGGACAUUGGUAGGUCAUAUUUCCCAGGGGAAGAAAAGUAUAAGCUAAUUUUCUCAAAAUGAAUAGAUGUUAGAUUGAUUAAAAUGAGCUGUUCCAGUGUAGAAGACAGCAUGUAUGACUUCCUAGAGGUACAUGAGCAUGAAGCUCUUCUUAGUUAUGACCAGAAUGAAUUAUGCAUGUCAAGGAAUAGCAAGAGAUGAAGACAGAGGGGCAGAAGAAGAAGAUCAUGAAGAAAAUGUUAAGACUAAUUCCAAUUUUUAAAAAAUCACAAAAUGGAAAACAUAAAGUAUUCUGAGACCAGUUUAAAAAUAAGUUAAAUGGCUGAAAAGAGAUUGGCUGGGAGACAUUGCAAGGAGGCUUGCUCAGUGUUUGGAAAUGCAGGCUCGCGAGGAAGAUGAAAAGACAGACCCAGGUGGGGAUGGAAGGGCUGACAAGAACCAACUUACAGAGAGAAGCUUGGUUUUUAAUACAUUUCUAUGUGAUCAAGUUGCCAGGUUAAUAUUUGACUAAACUGCUAGGAAUCCACUGUGACUAUGAUGUUGGAAAUGACUCACUAGGGCUUUCUGAGGAGGGUCACACAGGGACCAAAUAGAACUCAUGUUGAAUUGAGAUGGGUUGUAGUGACAGAUAUCAACAGCCAAAACUCAGACAAAACAGAGAAGACACAAACAUGAUGCCAUUUUAGGCAUAAUUUUAAAUGAGUAGUAUUAUAUGUUGAAAUCCAAAUUUUCAGAAAAAUGUUAGUAUAGCUUAUUUUAGUUUAACGAAAUAACCAUUCCAACUCAGAGCCCAAUGUGCCUUUUGGUCAUUUUGUUUCCCAUAGUUUCAUAAACUUUCUUAAGUAGCUACUGCACGUUGUUCUCUAUAUUUCUUGUGAUCAACAUUGCAAUAUACAACUUGGAGGACUUCUAGAACUAGUGUUGAAGAAAAUUGUGAGAUUGAUCAUUAUUCUGUGUUUUUUACAUCUAGGAUUUUGAGUCUGGUUGGAGGAAUGUCUUUUUCCUGUCUGCUGCAGUCAACAUGUUUGGCCUGGUCUUUUAUCUCACGUUGGGACAAACAGAAAUUCAGGACUGGGCCAAAGAGAGGACCUCACCCACCUCUGAGGACAUAAAGUUAUUUCAAAUUUAAAUAUAGUAUUGAGCAUGAACUUUUUUAACAUUUUUAUGUUCAUAUUCUUGACCACAGACUCAGCAGUUGUCAACUAUGGCUGUGUGUUAGUCUUCCUUGGGGAGCCUUUAUAAGACUCUGAUGCCUGGGACCCACUUUAGAGAUUCUGAAUGAAUUGGUCUGGGGUAGAAUCCAGAUACCACUAAUUUUUAGAUACUCUUCAGAGGUUUCUAACAUGCACCCAGGAUUGACAAUAGCUGGACAAACUUGAAAAGUCAAUUCAUGUGGCCUUUGGAUUUUCCUCAUUGGAAAGUACUAAAUGAAUAAAACUUUGCGUGAAAAUGAUCACUGAUAAAUAUCUUCAUGGUGCAGGGGAGGUGGUUAUUGGAUACAGAGAAAUCUGAUGGGAAUUGUAGCCACAUGUUGCAGAUCUCAGUACCGAUCGGAAUUGUAAAGCUAUUAUCCCCAGAAUUAACAUUUUUAUUAUUUUUUUAUACACUGUAAAACAUGGAUUAUUUAUUUAUGUGGUUAAAUUCUAUGAAAACUUACAUGCUAAAAUAAAAUAGACAAUUUUAUAAUUAUUUAGAUUAGAAUUAUUUCCAUCAGGUUAAACAGAUAUUUAUCCUAGACCAAUUGCAAAAAAUAAAGGAUCAGAAAAUGACCAAGAAAAGGUUAAAUAAAUGAGGUUAACUUAGAAAUCAAAGACAGAGAAAACAGAAUUGAAAAGCUUGUAUUGUGAGAAGAAUGAAUGUGAAGGAAGGCAAUGUAGACAUUUCCAGAAAGGAUAACAGUAUAGUUUAGAACAUAUAAUGAAAAUUGGAGGGAAAUGACAGAGGCACUUUCAAGUAAAAUGACAACUUAUAUGGGGGAGAAAAAUACUGAAGAUAUAAAAAGAUGAGAAAAGGUAUAGAAAUCUAUAACAUGCAAGAGAAGCUCCUUCUCAAGGAAGAAAAAGAUCAUUUGAACUUCUUCAUGUUUUCCUUACUUUCCCAAGAUACUCAGAGAGGCAACAUCAACUCUAACAGGUUUUCAUUUGGCUUCUAACGCUUAAAACAUAUACUUUAGGUUGUCUACACACACAGAGCUGAUUCUGGUUUUGCCACAAAAUAUCCAGAGAAGAAGUUCCCACCAUAUUUUAAAUCCUAUUUAAAAACCUCUAGGACAAAAACCCUGGGCUAAUUCAGCAGAUGAAGAGAAUCUUCUAAUGCAAAUCAACAGGUAUUUUUGAGUAGGUGUUUUCAGAAAAACAGAGUGUCAUGCCCUGAGAGUGAUACUAAGAUGAGCACAUUGAUUUUGGCUUCAUGGUAUUGACAACAUAGAGAGGAAGGUGGGUUUGCAGAAAACCAAAAGAAGAAGAACAAUAAAGAAAGACAUAGUAUAAUAGGUCGUCAAAUUAUGUACAGAAAAAAGAGAAAAAAAGACCACAAAAGGGUAGAGGGCAGAGAACCCAACUAAAAAAUGGGUCAAUGACUUGAACAGGGACUUCAUAAAAGAGAAAAUGUAAGUGUCCCCUUAACAUAUAAAAAGAUGUUAACUUCUUUAGUCAUUACAGAAAUGAAAAAUCUACAAUGAAAUACCACUAUAAACUUAACAUAAUAGAUAAAAUGAAAGAGGAUGGAAAACAGAAAAUGUUGCCAAGGGUGCGAAGCAACUGGAACUUUCAUACUCUACAAAUGUGAACUUUGGAAAGCUGCUCAGCAGUAUCUCUUAAAGUUAAAUGUACAAUUACAAUGACUCAGACAUUUUAUUUAGAAAUACUCAUAUACAGCCAUAAAACAUGUACGACAAUGUUCAUAGGAGCACUAUCUGUAAUAGCUUGAACAGGAAGUUGUCUGUUAAUAGAAGAAUGGAUAAAUAAAGGAUGGUCUAUUUAUAGAGCAAUAAGAAUUAACAGACCCCAAUAGGUGAUAGAUGAAUGGGUCUUAUAAACACAAUAUUGAGUGAAGGAAGACAAAAAGCACAUUAUUUUAAAGGUUUAUAAAAUAGUUUUUAAAAACAGCUACAAACAAUCUAUCCCAUUAAAAAUCAGUAAGUGAUUCCCCUUGGGCAGAGAUGGGAGUCAUGGUUGGAUGGAUGGUACUUAAGAGUGGCUGAGGUACAAGAAAUAUUUUCUUUCUUGACUUGGAUGUGUGUUUACUUUGUGAAUAUUGUACAUUUAUGAUUUGUAUGCUUUUAUUAAUGUAGAAAAUAAAACAAAAAGCAAAAUCAAAGUA